AACCCUGAAAAAGGAAUAAUAUCAAGAACCAAAAGUAUUAAUAACUUCUGGAGAAGAACUGAAUCUGUCAAUUGUACUAAUUGCAAUUAUCCUAGGAAUCAAAGAACAAAAGAAACAAUCAGCCCUGAAAUGACACUUGAAGAAAAAUUUAGAAUCUGGGAUAAUACUCCAAGAGAAGAGUACUCCUUCUGUGAAAAAGUAUCUAUACUUGAUCAAUACAACUGCCCAAAGAAAAAUGAAAGAAAAUUUGAUAAAGACUUUUUAUUAUAUCUACACCAAAAAACUACUUAUGGAAUCUGCUUUAAACAAGAACAUCCUAACUCUUACUAUCCAAUUGUAACUUGCAAAAUUUGUGAAGAAAAAGAACAUAUCUCAAAGAACUGUUCAAAUAAACCUAGCACUACUGAAGAAAUGAAAAAUUACUAG